AUGCUUGAGUUACAGCUUGCAGUCGCAGUUGUGUUGCAAUUGAGGAUGACAAUGUUGCUACGAGUGCUGGUCUUACACCUGCUAAUUAGCCUUGCUCGAGCUCAACGUUGCAGCCGGGAAUACAAUCUGCGGACGAAUCAACGAUUCAAUAUAACCAGCCCCAAUUAUCCGGGAACAGUGCCACCCGGCAGCAAUUGUCGUUACCUGCUGAGGGCACCUGUUAAUCAUGUUAUACAACUGACUUGUCGCUUCGAAGUGUCACCCGAUGUGUGCCAGUCCAAGUUUUUGUUCAUCUCACGAGAUGGUGAUAUAGAGUUCCGUAAUGCCGAGCGCUUCUGUCGCAGGGGUCAAGUCACGCGCACCUCCAACUUUCAGUCGAUAUCCGUGGGAUAUCAGUCGAGCAGUACCACAACGCAGCAGAGUGCUAGACUCAGUUGCCAGGCGGUGGCACGUCGUGUUGCCUGCGACUGCGGCUGGUCGCAACCGAUGCGCAUCGCUAACGGAAGGGAGGCAGCUAAACACGAGUUUCCUUCCAUGGUGGGUAUUCGCGAUGCUGGCUCCAAUCUGCCCAUAUUCUGUGGUGGCAGCAUUGUCAGUGAUCGCUACAUUGUCACCGCCGCACAUUGCACACUCCAGCGGGUAGCCAGUCGCCUACUAGCCCUGGUUGGGGAUCAUGAUCUUAGCAGUUCCAGCGAAUCGAUUUUUGCUCGCCAAUAUGCCAUACAAAGCAUUAUUAAUCAUCCAGCUUAUAACAGCGAAAGAAAUUUGAAUGAUAUUUCCCUGUUGCGAACUGUGGCAUCCAUGGAGUUCUCCAGGGGUGUGGCGCCCAUUUGCCUGCCUUUUCGACAAACACCACUUGGCGAAGACUUUGAUGUUGUUGAAAUUGCUGGCUGGGGCACUUUGGGCUUUGGAGCAGCCAAAUCGAAUACUCUGCAAAAGGCCACACUGAUGACCCUUCAGAGUGCAAGGUGCAGUGCGCUCUACAAUACAAGCAUUGCCUCAAGUCAGCUGUGCACCUACGAUCAUCUGGGCCUGGGCCAGGACUCCUGCCAGUACGAUUCGGGUGGUCCAGUCAUCCAGCGUCAGCGCUCUCGCAUGUUUCUACUGGGCGUGAUCAGCUUUGGACGAGCCUGUGGACAGCGUUUCGGUUUUGGGGUCAACACUCGUGUCUCGUCAUAUGUUACCUGGCUGCAGCGAAACCUGGGCGGCUCGGCUUGUGUGCGUUAAGGGUGGGAAUGUGUGUGCGGUAAGCUCAUUGAUUGUUGGCCUAUGCUAGAUGCCAGAUGGUCGACAAUUGCUAGACAACUCUCAUGGUAUUAACCCCUCCAGCACCUUCACAAGCUGAUGUUGUUGUUGUUGUUAUUCUAGUUUUGCUGUUGAUUCUUCUUCUUAUUCUUCUUGCGCCACAGUUUGACUGUCUUCGAGUGUUGACAAUAGCCUUAAUUUGCAUUUAAAUUAAAAUGCUGUGACAUGUUUUGCCUACAUUUAAACAAUGCAUAAGAUUGCACCCCACAAACCCUUCUGGCCAUGCAGCCAGCUUACAGCUCAAGGCAUAGUUCGUACAAUAAAAUUUACUCUUACCCUAGAUAAGUACUUUGGUUUCAUGAAUAAUUCUGAUUUUUUUUGAAGCUAAU